UUCUCCUGUCUCUCCUAUUGGCUCGGCCAUGCGUCCGUCAGGGCGUUCUGCGGAAGUAAAACCCCAUUACACACAACAACAAAUAUGGAGGGCGAUAUUUCAGAUAUGAACAGACCUCAAAUGUAUUUAUUCGGUUGUACCCUCAAAUCAGACAAACGGGAGUACAAAGUUGAUGUCGACGACGAUGAAACGGAGCAACAGCUGUCUCUCAAAGCGGCUUGCCUGGGAGCCGAGGCUGAGGACAAGUUCCACAUGGUGGAGUUGGAGGCGCUUACUUAUGACGGAAAGGCCACCAAAGUACCGCUGGUUGUGCUGAAGCCAUCUGUGCUUCCUUCUAUGAGUUUGGGUGGAUUUGAGAUCACGCCGCCAGUUACUUUCCGUCUCCUGUCAGGUUCUGGACCGGUGCACAUAAGUGGACAACAUUUUGUCAGUGUGAGAGAUUCAGACAAUGGAGAGGAAGAACACAACACAUCUCCCGUGAAGCGUCCUGCUAGCCAGAUGUUGGGGAAAAAGGCUUCAAAGAAAAAGCUAAAAAUGGACUCUGACGAAGACAGUGAUGAGGAGGAGGAGGAGGAAGAUGAUGAUGAUGAUGAUGAAGAUGAGGAUAGUGAUGAAAAUCAAGUCACGCCCCAGAUGAGCGUCAAAAAAGGCCCGGAAAUAUCGAAGAAGGCUAACAAAAGUCAGAUGAAACAAAAUGGCCCUGCAUCUAAACCAUCAGGAUCGGGGGUUAAACCACAGGUUAAGACACCUGUUCCAGGAAGAGACAAAGCGCAGGCCGGCCCGUCGAAAUCUCCGUCUUUGGCCGAGAUAAAGAGCAAGUUGUCGACGGCGGCCAAAGAGGGGAGACCGCUGCCCAAGACGGAGCAGAAGUUUGAGAACUUUGUCAAGAGUUCCUUUAAAAUCUCCGACAAAAAAAUAGUCAAGGACCUGUGGGGUUUUGUGACGACGCUGAAGAUGGAGAAAAAGUAGACAACACCGCCCUGAAAAUACAUUUCUCUCUUUUUUGCAUCCAUCGGGUGAUUUAAAGGCACAGUCGGCAAGAUUUUCUACUUAGCCUUCUUUUCCGUGUCGACACCGCGAAUAGCGUAUGACUCGGACGUGUGGCAGCACUCUUUCACUGGGGGCACGUUUGGCGGAAGAGUGGUUUCGUCAUAUGCAGAAAGGAGCCCAUCUUGUCAGCCUAAACCACCUGUUUGGAGCAAAGCGAGAGCGCGGCCAGUACAGAGCUGCAGACGCGUCGCUUUGGUAACACGCAGGACACCUGCCCGUUUUACACUUGCAGCAAAUACAUUGAGGUCAUGACACAAAACAUUGGACGUGUUCAAGGCUGGCUCUUUGUUUUGGUUUUUUUUCGGGAAGGCUCUGCUCAUAGCCCUUCAUUCCUUCUUUUUCAUCAAAAUAGAACAUGUACCGUAUUUUACGGACUAUAAGUCGCAGUUUUUUUCAUAGUAAGGCUGCGGAUGCGACUUAUACUCUGGAGCAAAUAAAGGAUAUCUUAUCUUAUUAUUAUAUCAUUUCACAUGUUAUUUUCACAUUAAACCGCAAGAGGCCGCGCUAGACCCGUAUUGAUAAAAACCACGAUGAGUCUGACAUAAGCGACGUAGAAGAUAUUCUACCUCUGGAGUUGGUGGAGUUGUUUUAAAAUGACACAGAGGAUGAAGAUUUCAUUGGAUUUAGUGAUUUGGAGUGACAUUGAUGGUUUGGUGAACUUGUUAGCAUGUUCUUUAUGCUAUAGUUACCUGAAUAACUCUUAAUAUGUGACUUGAACAUACCAGGCACAUUCUCAGUUCGUCGUUUAUGCGUCAUGUAACGUUAGCAUAUUGUAAACUUAUUCAGCGUGUUGUUUUCUAUUUUUUUUAAUUGCCUUUCAAGAUGACAUGUUUGUUCUUGGGGUUGGAUUUUAUCACAUAAAUUUCCCCCCAAAAUGCGACUUACACUCCAGUAUGACUUUUGUAUGUUUUUCUGUUCUUGAUGAUGCAUUUUAUGGCUGGUGCGACUUAUACUCAGAAGGGACUCAUAGUCCAGAAAAUAUGGUAAAUAACCAGCAAUCACAAACUACUUCAAACAUAGAGCCAGUGUGUGUUUUAUUCACUCAAUUGCAAAUGGGCAGAGACAGUUUAAUUGUACAACUGUCGUGUUCGAGUAAUAUUUUUAAAAAAUGGUACCAGUCAAGUGAAACCGCAGUUCAAAACAAAAUCGCUACAUGGAAAGGCGCACCAACAAGGUCCAGACACCAGGACACAAAUCGCUGUACUCGGUGUAAGCUAAACCUGCGUAACGAACUACCCUGUACAGUCAAACCUCGGUUUUCGAACGUCUCUGUUCUCAACCAAUUGGUUUUCGCCCAGAAAGUUCGAGUUUUUUUAUGCCUCGGAUAAUCGGUUCUCGACCAAACUGAGCGUACUUAAUGCGCCACUUGACUCCUCUCGCCUUCUUUACAUGAGGAAGUGAUGCUUCCUCGCAUAGCGUUCCAUUGUGAGCAGAUGUGUUCAAUAACGCCUCAGUCAGUUUUCAAACAGCCUUCUGGAACAGAUUAUGGUCGAAAACCGACGUAUGAUUGUAUUUGUUUUGAAACUUCAUCUGAGUAAUUGUUGACGUGUCUCGCUGAGUGCUGCUGUUUUGGUUAGCCACCGAGUUCAAAUGUGUACCGCAGUGUAGCGUUAACGUUAUUAUUAUUAUUUUGGGGUUUUUUUUCAAACCACAACCUGAAUCACAUGUGACUUUCUCUUUUUGGAAACAUUUUAUAAGACAACAAAAGCUUAAUAGAUUAAAGUCUACACAAAAGGGUGUAAAUGCUACAACAGUAGCUAUAAAACGCAAAGCGCCCACAGAUGUCACAUUUACUGCAUUCAGGUGCUCCGAGAUGUUUAAUUGCGUGCAUGCUGAGAUUGGCAUCUCACUUUGCUCGCGCGUUACGCCCAAGACUGACUGCAGAAGCUCGGCAUUUUCACAACGCUGCACGUUCUUGUCAAACGCAAUAAUGAUCAUGCGGUCGAAAAUAUUGCAGAGUGUGCCUUCAAAUGUCUUUGCCCUGAACUGAUAUACGUACCAUUUUCUGUGAAUGACUUAUUUUUGUUGCUUUAGAUUUUAUACAUGCCUGUACAGUUUGUGCGCUUUUAGGUCAGUGAGGCACCAAAGUUACGGUUCAGUUUUGUGCUCAUAUAAAGUCGAUUAAAUUCCCAAAAGGAUUUUAAAUAGAAACAAACGCAUUGUGCAGCAACGCUUACAUAUCUUUCAAUCUUUUUCAUGUGUCAACCCAAUUUUUUUUUGUGCUUGAUGUUCUUCCAGGAACACACCUAGUGCUUCUGGAUCAGAAUUUUUUUCCCCCGAUACUUUUUCCUCAACAUUUGAUACAAUUGUAUCUUUCACUUCAUGUAGCUUAUAUAUCGCCAAUCCACCAAUGUUCUAAUAGCUCGAUUGCGGUGUGCAAAGACACGCAGACAGUAACAAAAAAAUUUGCCGCGUGUGUCCUUAUUGCGCUUAUAUAACAAAACACAGGUCACGCUGUCUGCUGUCAUACAGACUAACCUGCGAAUACGAGAGGCAGCAUGGUGCCACAGAGUCCGGACUACUGCUGCUGCUGCAAAAAAAAAAAAAGAAACACCAAGAAGGAAUUGAUGCUGCUAGGCUAACUGAUAGCUUGUCUCCUAACUACAUUGUGGCUUCAAAAUCUUCUGUCUUUUUUUUCCUGUGAUGAAUGACUUGAGACAUGCUGAUGUUGAUAAGGUUUUGCAAUCAUGAAUGUUGAACGGGUUUAAUGUCUCCGAUUAUUGGCCCGCGACCGUUUUAUGAGCAAGAGGAAGAAUCAAUCCACACCGUAGGAAAUUGCUCAGGAUAAUCUUUUAGAGACAUCCACUCAUCAGCCCUUUGCGUACCUUGAUCAGUAUGCACGCAUCCCCCUUAAGAAAUAAUUAUGAGCUCUAUAAAACUAACACAGAUGUGUUUACUUAAAAAAAAAAAAAAACAUCAUUAGUGCUAGUGCUACAUUUACAAGUUGUCCGUCGUACAUUUUAAUGUACCUGCUAAUGGGAGAAUCCUAUGAUUAAACGAGCUUGUCCUGUUUACUACCGCAUGCAUGAUCAUGAGGUGUUCAUCAAAGAAUGACACAAG